AUGAAAGCCAUUCUUGGUGCCCAAGAUAUUUGGGACAUUGUUGAAAAAGGUUACGUAGUCCCGGCUGAAGAUGCACAACUGUCUCAGGUGGCAGAAGCUACCACCUCUAAGCAAGCUUGGGACAUACUACCAAUUUGUCUUCAAGGAGAGCAGAAAGUACAAAAAGUUCGACUUCAAAUGUUAAGAGGUGAGUUCGAGAUGAUGAAGAUGAAGGAGGCGGAAGUAAUUACGGAUUACUCCUCACGAGUAAAAUCUGUCGUUAAUCAAAUGCAGCAGUAUGGAGAAAAAAUUGAUGAAUCGAGAAUUGUCGAAAAAAUUCUACGAUCACUACUAUCAAAGUUUGACUACAUAGUGGUGGCUAUGGAAGAAUCGCGAGAUAUAAGUGCAAUGACCGUUGACGAAGUUAUUGGUUCAUUGCAAGCACGUGAGGAGAGGCUAAACAGACAAAAAGAAAAGUCUGUAGAACAAGUCUUGGCGGCAAAGACUUCAUUCAAAGAAAAUGAAAAUCAUCAAGAUGUCAAUCAAUCUAGAAGAGGACGUGGUAGAGGUCGUGGAGGAAGCAAAAGAGGAAGAGGACGUGGCAAAAGUCAACAAUUCAGAAGAGGUAACAACAAUGAUGGAAAUACCCGGUUCACAAGAGGCAGAGGUCGUGGACGAGGAAGAGGAAAUUGGAGGCAAAAUGAUGGACGUGACAAGUCAAAUGUUCAAUGUUACAAUUGCUCCAAAUUUGGCCACUACGCAUCAGAAUAUUGGAGUCCGCCUAAGCAAGUAGAGGAAACAGCUAACAACAUUCAAGAUGAGGAUGUAACCGGCACGGUAUUACUAACCCGUGAAGGUGAACAAAGUCCAGAAAAUAACAUAUGGUAUCUUGACAAUGGUGCAAGUAAUCAUAUGUGCGGAGAUAAGAAAAUGUUUGUUGAGUUGGACCAGAAAAUAAUCGAAAGUUGUUGCUGUUGA